GUUAAUUUGAAUAAUUUUUUCACAAAAUAUAUUAUUACAGUUGAGUUCCUUAAUUAAUCAUUGUCCGUGGGAUUUCAUUCCUAAGUUAAUUUGAACUGUUUUAACUUAACAUUAUCAACUUAAAUUUGUUUUAAUAAUUACUUUCGAGCUGCAAAUAAAAAAAACUACUUUUAAUUAUGACAAUUCAGACAGAAGAAAGUAAUUCAUUACACAAAAUUGUUGUGUUAAAUAUAUUAUCUGCUAAUGGUUUUGGUUUAAUUAAAGGAUCAAUUAUAAUAAAUGCUACUUUAAAAGGAUUAAAAUUACAAACGCCAAUGAUAGUUGUAAAUGAUAACAAUAUAAAGGUGAAUAUCAAUUUAAGAUGGUUUAUAGAUAAAUUUGAAUUUAAAAAGUUACGAAUGUAUAAUGAAUCAAUUAAAAUUGAAUGUUUUCAACUGCCUUUUAAUGAUCCUGAUAAUUUUGAAAAACUUGGAUAUCUGUUAUUAAAAAUUAAAGGGGCUCAAAUUAUACAAACAUCGUCUAGUUGCAAAAUAGAAAAUAAUAUUUACAAGUUAAUGGGUACUAAAAAUGGUAAAUAUGAGAUGACAUUAUCUUUACGAAUCGAAGAUAACAAUCCAAAAAUUACUGAACUCAAAUUAAAAAAAAGUUUAAAUUUCAAUAUUGAAAAUAAUUCUGGUGAAAGAGUACAUCAUGAAGAAGAUCUAACCUUCAACAAUAAUGCUGCUUUAAUUUUUAAUGAGACUCAAAUAUUAGAACAACCAGAAAUAAUACUAAAAAAUGAAUCAGAAUGUAGUGCUGCCCAGGAGAGGAACAUUAAAGAAUUGGAGAAUUGGAUGAAUAAACAAAUAGCUCUAUUUGAUGAGAAGAUAAAAAUAUUAGAAGAACAUUUAGUAAAGAAGUUAAAGUGUAAUUGUGUAGAAGAAAAAAAACAUUUUGAAAAUGAACUUGCUUUUCAAAUUAAUCAAUUUAAAGAAUGUACCAAAAGUGUUGAUAAAUUAGUAGUUACACUAAAAGAAAAAGAGGCUCAAAUAGCUUCUAGAGAAUUAGAAUUGGAUAGUUAUAAAAAUAAUUUAAAUGACAUAAUUCACAAUUUACAAUCAUCUUUGUUGCUUAAUAAUGCAGAACUUAAUACUACUACAUUAGAAACUAAGCAUGCUGAAAAAUCAAAUGAUGAAAUUCAAUCCAAAUUCAGUAUUGAAAUAUUGCAAUUAAAAAAUGCUUUAAUAGAUUUAGAAAAACAGUAUGGAGAAGCUCAUAAAUCACAGAUGUUUUAUAAAGAAUGUUGGUCCAAAGCUGUUAGAGAAUUGAAUCAUUGUCGUACACAAUUAUAUAGAACUGAACACAAUAACCAUAUUUUAAACAAGACAUCAAAUGUAAAACCUGUUAUUAUUGACAAGCAUAAAAAAGAUGAAAAUGUCCAGCAUUUAUUGAAAGAACUAAUUGAAUUAAAGCAAAAGAUUAAUAAAACUACACUUAAUAAUGUAUUUUUUAGUUAACGCUUAUUGUUUAAAACAAAAUAUUGUUUGUUAAGAAAAUUUUAUAUUUAUUUCAUAGAUAAUUUAUACAUGUUUAUGACACAAAAGUUCAAGAAUUAUUGAAUUUUUUUUUCUUUAACAUAUAAGAUUUUUGUAAUA